ACCUGCAAACGAAACGCAGAGAGACAGAGAAGCGACAGGCGUUCGAUAGUUUGUCGAGACGAUGAGAUGUAUUAAACUCUAAGGUUAAAUCCCCAGAGGAAGAGUAGCUACGAAGAGAACAAAUAAGAGGAUGUGCAAUAAACAGUCAAACGUAAACAAAGGUUUGGCUUCUGACCAGCGUAGGGGCUGCAAACCUGAAGCGGAAGCCGCAAUUUGGAGCGAACUCCGCCACAGUUUUGGCCGCUGACCAGGAUCGUUCUUGUACGGCUGCAGACCGCAUGCAUUUCUGCUUUCUAUACGCAAUAUACUCCUAUCUAAACACCUUCUGCUCAACUAAACCACAGAGAGACGGUUGCUAUGGAAAUACCCUUCCGGCUAGGCGUAAACAGACAGCGUAAACAUGCUCGGAAACUCUUGCUGCUUCUGUCCCCGCGACCUCAGCCCACGAUAUUCACAUGGGCUCGAUUCUCGCAAGUCCUCUAUCGUCCCAAAAUAUUAAACCCAGCUUCUUCUCCUUCACAUCCUCUCGCCUAUCUCAUGCAAUGACACCAGGGACCACAAUGCGUCUCUACCAGCGGGCGCCAGCAGACUUUGUCUCUCUAGACGUCGGUACAACAGUCGCAACAGGCAUCGCCGGCACCACCGCGACACAGUCCGCCGCAACAUUCACUCCCUCCGUCGUCCAGUCGAGUUCCUACGUGUCCCCCAGCAUCUCAGGCUCGAGCGGCUUUCCAAAAGGCGUGAUUGUCGUCUUCGCGCUCUUUGCUGUCGCGUUUGCAACGUUCGGAUAUUUUCUGAUCCGCUCCGGCAUUCGCAGGCAGCAAGAUCAGACGUGGGCAGAGCAAAAGGCGGACGCAAAGCGGCAGUGGAACGAUCUGGCUGAACGAAUCAUCUCGUAUCGGAAAAAUAAACGCGGGUCAGAGCUAGAGGAAACAGUCUCUGAGAUCGAGGCGCGCGAACGAUUAUUCGGGUAUUCUCCUGCGCCCAAACAAGAAAGCGAGGGUAGCGAUGAAUCAGACGGAGAGUCGUAUGAGGAAUCGCAAGUCAGAGAGCCAAGUGACUACAAAUACUCCUAUUCAAUUGAGGAUCUGCAGAGGCUAGAGCAGGCCCGGAAAGAACUCGAGCGGCUGCGAAGGAUAAGAGAGAUUGAAGAGAGAUCGUCGGCUCAAUACGAUAGGCGGAAUACCAUGCACACCGAAACCGACAGUCUACCACUGAUUGCCAGAUCAGGCUCGCCUUCAAAGCAUAAACACAAAAGCAGGAGAUCGAGAAGAAGCCGGACAAGUACAGCAUCAACAUUCAGAACACCUCUUUCAGUGCUGGAAAUGGAGCUGAUGGCGAAUCGCGAGGCAAGCAAAAGGGAACAGAAAUAUACCGUGCUCACGCCUCCACCGCUUAUGCACACACACGAAGGCGGUGUCUACUACCGCGAAGAUUCACCUAGUCCUACACGACAAAGCAAGUCAAGUUCGGAUCUCGAGUCGCGCACAACUGACUCGACUCGGCACCGGCGGCCAUCGGUGGGGGACUCGGACUCUGAAUCAUACAUCUCUCAAUCUGAUCUGGGCUCAGAGUCGACUUCUUCCAAAAGCACGGUAAUGCCAAACCGAUCAUACCUCUCGCACAAUGCCGGAUAUACCGGCUAUCCGCUGAGUUUCGCCCAUCCAGGUGCUUCGCAAUAUCCUUAUGGCGUUCCUAUGGGUGAUUCUCAGGCGCAUUCGUCUUCAGCUGGGCAUAGCAGUUACGGGGGUUAUCGUCCAGGAGGCGGGGCCCAUAAUUUUAGAUAUUAGAUCAUCUAGUUUGUAAUUGUCAUGAUAAUC